GGCGGUGGUGGUGGUGGAGGGUGAAACCACUGAACAUCUUCAUCCCUUAUCCCAGGCAGCAGAGCAGGCAUGUUUGUUGGAUGUGGGAGAGCUCCCAGUGGACUAGCAGCACCUGAUCAGAGAGAAAGAGAGAGCGAGAGAGCGAGAGAAAGAAAGCACAAGGCAGCCUGACCCCCAGCCUCACUAUUAUUGCUCACUGUAAAGGCACUCGCAGUACCUCAACUUAAAUCAGCCUGUGGGCUAUCUGGAUGCGUUGUAACGAUGGGUGGCUUUAGCUGUGCCUCCUCCAGCCCUGCUCGCUGCUGCCUGUUGCUGUUGCGCCUCUCUGUGUCUGUCUUACUGCUGCUGCUCUUGUCUCAGCCUGACCUUGCGGCUGCUAAGAGCCUGAGAGUGAAAACGGGAGACAAAUACGACGACUAUGAAUAUCAGCUGAUCUCACAUUCUUCCCAAUACCAGAAGAAUGACCGGUGCCCUCCUCCGCCUCAGGCGUUGCCGCACAAGGCCUGUGAGGUUCCCAGCUGCAGGUCAGACUCUGAGUGCGAACGGCACAAAAGAUGCUGUUACAAUGGAUGCAUUUAUGCUUGCUUGGAAUCCGUGCAGCCACCACCAGUUCUAGAUUGGUUGGUACAACCAAAACCCAGAUGGCUUGGGGGCAAUGGGUGGCUGCUGGAUGGACCAGAGGAAGUGCUUCAAGCUGAAGCUUGUAGCACUACAGAGGACGGAGACGAACCCUUGCAUUGCCCCACUGGCUACGAAUGUCACAUCAUCAAUCCCGGCAACUCGGCAGAGGGAAUACCAAACCGAGGGCAAUGCAUAAAGCAACGGGGCAACAGUGAUGGACGCAAUUUAAGACCCAAAUUUUACAAGGAGUACAAGGAUUAUUUUGGGACUGAUUCUAACAACGCGGUCGGAUACAAGAAGCACCACCACAAGCAUCUGGGCUGAGCUUUCCAACCUGCGGACACGUCCAGGCCUUUCAAUGCGAAUCAGCGAUCGGCCUUUUCACACACAUCCUUUUGGUGUCGAUGACGAUAGAACGCAACAGAUAACUUGGGCUUCAGUUUCACAGUGUUGAUCGAAUGGUGCCGGUAUCUUUUCAACAUGCAAUACAGCAUUCAAUGCAACUUGCAUUUACAAUUACUACAGGGGCAAAGUAUGUGCAAAAAGGUGCUUACAAUUCCCAGUUCACAAGCUGCUAAAAUACUGCAUAACAUAGAUUUUUUUUGUAUUAAUCCUGUAUAAAUUCCAACUGUAACGCCCAACUGAGGCACUCUCUCAGCAAGUGCUCAUCGCUACGUGACAUUGUUUUAUCCUUGAUAGUCCUCUCGUAAAUCGCACAAACGUGAAUACUUAGAAGUUACAUUCGAACAGCUGCGAAGAGGUACUACCGAAUAAAUCUAAACAAUCUUUCUCGACCAUACAACAUUUUGAAAGCUUUUAUCACCCCGCAAAUGCACAGUCACUCUGACUUCCCUUUAUUUGGACAAUUGUUCCGGUUGUCUCAUCCCAUUCUGUCAUCAGUAAAAGCGUCCUUUUCCAUUCCCACAACCGUAUCGCAAAAAAUACCCCAAUAAACAUGGUGCAAAUAUUGAAAAGGAA